AUGUCUAAAGCGAUUGGGGAGGAAAGCGAUUCGAGGGGACGAGAGAUGGCUAGACUGACCUGGCUCCGGAUUUAUCAUUCAAGCUCAUAUCUGAAUCUCAACUCCAAUCUCCAAAUGCCGCUGCAGCUCUCCAACGCAACCGAAGCGGAUAUAGAAUCUAUAUCUCGCUCUCAAAUGGCUGCUUCCCACCGUCAACUCACUACUUGGCGCAAAAACCCCUCUGGAAUCCGCUGGGUGAAGAUCACUGAUCCGGCAAAACCCUUGGAUGAUCAAGGUCGACCGUUCGUUGUUGCGGCUGCGAAGUGGAUUUUCUUUGAGGAUGACGAGAAGGAGAGCGAGGAGGAGAGGUGGCCGAGGGAGGGGGAGGUGGUUGUUGAUUGGGUUCAACCCAAUCCAGCCACACCCAACACCCCCAAAAUCGAGUAUGAGAUCGCCGGCGCAGACGACGCUCCGUAUAUCAAGUACAUUCUCGAAAUCUUCUACGCCAACAAACGACGAUACAUGACGGGACCAUGCGCCGUCCUCGACAUAUGCUUCACGCACCCCCUCUACCAAAAGCUCGGCGCCGGCAAACUCCUCGUCGAAUACGGCGUCGCUGAAGCAGAUCGUCGAGGCGUGCCAGCAUGGGUCGAGGCUAGUAUUCUCGGGAAGGGGCUUUAUGAGAAAUAUGGGUUUGGUGUUGGGACUGGUAAUGAUAAUAGUAGUGUGGGUAAAGCGAUCAACGAGUAUUGGGGACUUGGACCGCUUGGGGUGAGAGUUGCGAGAGAGAUGGGUGUGCAAGGUUGGAAGGAAGGGUUUGGAGAGGGAUGGAGAGAGGAGUGGACGGAGAAGGGGUAUCAGGGGGCGAGUUGGUGGUUUAUGGGACGGGCGGCGAGAGGGCAGGGGAAGGAGAUGUGA